UUCGAAUCGAAAGCACCACAAAUCAACCAUCACAAUGUUCAAAUCCGCUGUUGUCAUCCUGGCCAUCGUUGCCUGCGUUGCUGCCAAGCCCGGUCUCCUGGGUGCUCCUCUGGCCUACACUUCUCCACUGGUCUACUCUGCUCCCCUGGCCUACGCUGCCCAUGCUCCAGUCGUGACCGCCACCAGCAGCCAGGUGAUCGCCAGGAACUACAACGGAAUUGCCGCCGCUCCAGUGAUUGCUCCCGUGGCUGCUCCAGUGGUCGCCAAGUACGCAGCUGCUCCUCUGGCUGCUCCUUUGGCCUAUUCCUCCCCUUUGGCUUACUCUUCUCCGCUGUCCUAUAGUGCGUUUGCAGCUGCCGCUCCAGUUCUUCUGUAA